AUGCAAAAUCAAAGCUCUAUCACUGAAUUCAUCCUCCUGGGCUUUUCUAACUAUCCUGAGCUUCAAAAACAGCUCUUUGGGUUUUUCUUGGUUAUUUACUUGGUGACACUGAUGGGAAAUACUGUCAUUAUAGCUGUUAUCUCCCUGGAAAAAAGCCUCCACAUCCCCUUGUACUUAUUUCUCUUGAAUUUGUCUGUGUUAGAAGUAGGUUUUAGUGCAACUACUACACCUAAAAUGCUGGUGGUUCUCUCUACUGAAAGAACAACAAUUACUUUUGCAGGCUGCUUUGCACAGAUGUAUUUCCUUCUUCUUUUUGGUGGGACUGAAUGUUUUCUCCUGGGGGCAAUGGCUUAUGAUCGAUAUGCUGCAAUCUGUCAUCCAUUAAAUUAUCCAGUGAUUAUGAAUAAAAGUGUUUUUGUGAGAUUGGUAACGCUGUCUUGGUUUACUUGGAUCAUGGUAGCUACUGUGCAAACCACAUGGGUAUUUAGUUUUCCCUUUUGUGCCUCCAAUGAAAUUAACCAUCUCUUUUGUGAGACACCCCCAGUGCUAGAGCUUGUGUGUGCAGAUAUCUUUUUGUUUGAAAUUUAUGCAUUCACAGGCACCAUAUUAAUUAUCUUGCUUCCUUUCUUGUUGAUAAUCUUGUCUUACAUUCGAAUCCUCUUUGCCAUCCUGAAGAUGCCAUCAACCACUGGGAGGCAAAAGGCCUUUUCAACCUGUGCCUCUCAUCUUACUUCUGUGACACUCUUCUAUGGCACAGCCAUUAUGACUUACUUACAACCCAAAUCUGGCUAUUCUCCAUUAACAAAGAAACUGAUGUCAUUGGCUUACUCACUUCUUACACCUCUGCUGAAUCCACUGAUCUACAGCUUGCGAAAUAGUGAGAUAAAAAGAGCUGUGAUGAAAUUAUGGCAAAGAAGAGUAGAUUUGCAUGCAUUCUAA